AUGGUGCAUUUUCCCAUAACGCAUUAUCGAUUAUUCAAUGAUCCCUAUGAUCGAUUCUUCGGUGAUCAAUUACAUUUCUUCGAUCCAUGGGGUGAUUUUGAUACAUUCUCAACGGCUUUUUCAACAAAACCCAGCUCAUUUCGGUGGAUCAAUGAACCACGUCAUAUAAACCGUUUGUCAUCAUUAUAUCAUUCAACAUCAAACAAUGCAAGGAAUGCUAGCAAUGGCGAUACACUUAUUCCUGUUUCAAAUUUUACAGCGCCAGCUGUUUCGGAAAAAUUUCGUGUUCAACUCAAUGUUGCUGGAUUUAAUCCGGAAACUAUCAGGACACGAGUAGAAGGUCGAAAAAUCAUUGUUGAAGCUAAACAAGAAGAUCGAGAAUCUUCUGGUGAUUAUAGUAUUCGUGAAAUUCGAAAAACAUAUGAUCUUCCCGAACAUGCUGAUGCAUCUGAGUUGGCUUCGUAUGUUUCACCGAAUAAUAUGUUUGUUAUGGAAGUUCCAGUGAAUAAUCCACGUAUUGAACGUCGCCCAUCGCAAGUACAAUUAGAGACUAAUACUCUUUCACAAUUCGGUCAAUUUCGUGAUCCAUUUUUUGAUUAUAAUCGUUUUGUUGUAUCAAACGACUUUCAUCCACGUAUCAUCGAUAUAAACAAUGGGCAGAAACAAUUAAAAAUGUCGUUAGCAGUGAAAAAUUAUCGACCUGAACAAAUUAAAGUUUCAAUAAAAAAUAAUGAACUUAUUGUACAAGCUGAAAAUGUUUACAAUGAUAUAAAUCGUUCUGAACGAUCAUUUCUAACGAAAUCAAUUACAUUACCACCAGGUACACAAAUCGAACAACUUCAAUCAUUCUUUAGCAAUGAUGGACAACUAGAAAUCGAAGCACCAUUUACUGAGCCUAAUAAAACGUUCUCAACUGAAAUUCAACGUCAAUUUUAA